UUUUCUAGUUGCCUCAGUUCUGUUUGUAAUAUUUGUAGUAUAUGACUUUAUCUUAUUCCAGGUCCGACCUUACAGUAGGUGAUGAGGUGAUGGACUCACUCGCCCCAUUUAUUGUUCUGAAGGGCCAUGACACAGAUACACUUGAAGGUCUUUCACUCAGACAGCUAGAAGAAGGUAUAUUCUUCAUGGUUUCACCAAAUCUGAAGAAGUUCACAAAACUACGUUCACUUGACCUCCAGGACUGUAACAUAUACUUACAAGAAGGCAAAACAAGGAGUAGGACCAUAGGAAGGGCCAUUAUGGUCAGGACUUUGUCGUGCUUUGAGAAUCUAGUCCGGUUAGAUCUGAGUUUCAAUUACUUGUUGGGAUGUUUGGGAGAAAUUUUGGACUCAUUAAGGCUUCCCUUAGAAUUUCUAAGUCUUCGGAACUGUGACUUGAACGAUCAUGACUUGGAGUGCUUGGGCAAUUCAAAACAUGCACUUUCAUUGCAGGAAUUGAACCUGAGCAAAAUAUGUCAAUUUUCGAUUUAUGACAAUGACAGAAUUUCAUCCAUAAACUUGUUCAAGGUUGUGUUUUGUUUCAAGAAUGUUAAGCUGCUCAACUUGGCACAGAAUCACUUUCAGGAUGCCUCCAUUCCAAAUUUCUGUGAAAAACUUCCUCAGAAUUUGGAGAAACUUCAGUACUUAGACAUUGCUGGAAACGUGCUAACAGAGGAAAGCAUACUACAAAUAUGCAAAGCUCUUGCCAAAUUGAAGCACUUCCAGUGGUUUAGACUAACGUGUUCAACCAAUCUUCUAGACGAAGCUCUGGGACAUUUAAACCAAGCACACGAAAAUGCUUUGCAGGCAAAACUUCGAAUUUGUAACCUGUUGUCUGCUUUGGGAAGGAAAGAUAUCCACAUCGAAAUAGUGAGAUUGUCCUAUGCAAUAUUCGUUGAUCUCAUGGAUGUAAUGGAAGUAUAAGAAUUACUUGUGCUGUAGGGCAUAGUUCCUUUUCAUGCAUGUGUACAUGACAUUGAAAAAAGGGUCACUUAAUUACAUUUCCAUUGUGUAUAUAAGGAUGACAGUAUUCAUUGUUUUUCCCCUCAUUCCUGCUGGAUCAUAAAUAUGAAAAGAAAAAAAACCCAUUUGAUAUUGUUUUAUUUUGUAUUUUGCAUUAUUUGUAUUCUUUUUACAGAAUAAACAGUAUCACAAUUA